GGCUCAGUCCAGUCCAACGGGAGCUACUCUAGCUGUUGAGGCUGGCUGGCUCUCUCGGAGGAUUGAGUUCCAUCCUCCGUGGUGUCGGGGUUUCCCGGCUCAGCACAUUCUCCCCCACCUCCCCACAGCCGCCCAGAUAUUAAUAGCCCUGCCUAGGUCCAUCCAGCUGGCUCAGAGCCCCUCCCUGUGCUCGGGUAUCUCCCUUCAGCACCCCAGAAAACAUUAAAACAGCUUGGCGCCGCCGUGUUUCUGACUGUGAAAUGGGGAUGGGGCUCCGUUUCCCUUCCGCGGGGCGCUGGUAGAGGCUCAGGAGAAGGCCCGGAGGUAGCCUUUAGGGCAGUCUGCAGCCACAAUCAGUGUCGUCAUCUCUGUUUUACACAUGAGGAAACAGAGAGGGCCUGUGGCUUCCCUAAGGUCACACAGCGCCCAAGCGACGGAGCUGGAACGCGAACCCCAGAACUCCGCCACAAGACCCACCCCAGUGUCCCCCAAUUCCGCAACCCCUGGCUCCAGUGCACCCUCUAGUCUAGUCCCGACCUGAACGCCCUAGCCCAUGUCCGGCCCCACCCACCUCCCCCAUAUUUAGUGCGAAUCCGAUCCGGGGCUGGUCCGGGCCCUACUUAACGGGCCGGGGUGUCCCAGAACCUGCCGAACCGAGCGGAGCCAGGAGCCAGAGCGAAAUGAUGAUGGUUAUGCAGCCCGAGAGUCUGGGGGCCGGGGAGGGGCCCUUCGCGGGGGUCGGGAGCGGCGAGUACAUGGAACAGGAGGAGGACUGGGACCGCGACCUCCUGCUGGACCCGGCCUGGGAGAAACAGCAGCGGAAAACCUUCACUGCCUGGUGCAACUCACACCUGCGUAAGGCAGGCACCCAGAUUGAGAAUAUCGAGGAGGACUUCCGCAAUGGCCUCAAGCUCAUGCUGCUCCUGGAGGUCAUUUCAGGAGAGAGGCUGCCUAGGCCGGACAAAGGAAAGAUGCGCUUCCACAAAAUCGCCAAUGUCAACAAGGCCCUGGACUUCAUUGCCAGCAAGGGGGUGAAACUGGUGUCCAUUGGUGCUGAAGAGAUUGUUGAUGGGAACCUGAAGAUGACCCUGGGCAUGAUCUGGACCAUCAUCCUCCGCUUUGCUAUCCAGGACAUCUCUGUAGAGGAAACCUCUGCCAAGGAAGGUCUGCUGUUGUGGUGCCAGCGGAAGACGGCACCAUACCGUAAUGUUAAUGUGCAGAACUUUCACACCAGCUGGAAGGAUGGCCUGGCUCUCUGUGCACUCAUCCACCGACACCGGCCUGACCUCAUUGACUAUGCCAAACUACGCAAGGAUGACCCCAUCGGCAACCUGAACACUGCUUUUGAGGUGGCAGAGAAAUACCUAGAUAUCCCCAAGAUGUUGGAUGCAGAAGACAUCGUGAACACCCCCAAGCCAGAUGAGAAAGCCAUCAUGACCUAUGUUUCCUGCUUCUACCAUGCUUUUGCUGGGGCUGAGCAGGCAGAGACAGCUGCCAACAGGAUCUGCAAGGUGCUGGCCGUGAACCAGGAAAAUGAGAGGCUGAUGGAGGAGUAUGAGAAGCUGGCCAGUGAGCUGCUGGAGUGGAUCCGCCGCACUGUCCCAUGGCUGGAGAACCGGGUGGGCGAGCCCAGCAUGCGUGCCAUGCAGCGCAAGCUGGAGGACUUUCGGGACUACUGGCGCCUACACAAGCCACCCCGAGUUCAGGAGAAGUGCCAGCUGGAGAUCAACUUCAACACACUGCAGACCAAGCUACGGCUGAGCCACCGGCCUGCCUUCAUGCCCUCCGAGGGAAAGCUGGUCUCGGACAUUGCCAAUGCAUGGCGAGGGUUGGAGCAAGUGGAAAAAGGCUAUGAAGACUGGCUGCUCUCAGAGAUCCGGCGCCUGCAGCGACUCCAGCACCUGGCUGAGAAGUUCCAGCAGAAGGCCUCCCUGCAUGAAGCCUGGACCUGGGGGCAGGAGGAGAUGCUAAACCAGCGCGAUUAUGAGUCGGCUUCGCUCCAGGAGGUGCGGGCAUUGCUGCGGCGCCAUGAAGCCUUUGAGAGCGACCUGGCUGCACACCAGGACCGUGUGGAACACAUCGCUGCGCUAGCUCAGGAGCUCAAUGAGCUGGACUACCAUGAAGUGGCCUCGGUGAACAGCCACUGCCAGGCUAUCUGUGACCAAUGGGACAACUUGGGCACACUGACCCAGAAGAGACGGGAUGCACUAGAGCGGAUGGAGAAGCUCCUGGAAACUAUUGAUCAGCUGCAACUGGAGUUUUCAAGGCGGGCAGCACCCUUCAAUAACUGGCUGGAUGGAGCAGUGGAGGAUCUACAGGACGUGUGGCUGGUGCAUUCGGUGGAGGAGACCCAGAGCCUGCUGACAGCGCAUGACCAGUUCAAGGCGACACUGCCCGAGGCUGACCGAGAGCGAGGUGCCAUCCUGGGCAUUCAGGGCGAGAUCCAGAAGAUCUGCCAAACAUAUGGGUUGCGGCCCUCGUCCACCAACCCCUACAUCACCCUUAGCCCGCAAGACAUCAACACCAAGUGGGACACGGUCCGAAAGUUGGUGCCCAGGCGUGACCAGACACUGCAGGAGGAGUUGUCACGGCAACAGGUGAAUGAGAGGCUCCGGCAACAGUUUGCCGCCCAGGCCAAUGCUGUGGGACCUUGGAUCCAGGCAAAGGUGGAGGAGGUGGGGCGGCUGGCAGCAGGGCUGGCUGGCUCUCUGGACGACCAGAUGGCAGGGCUGCGGAAGCAGGAGCAGAACAUUAUUCAUUACAAGAGCAACAUCGACCGGCUGGAAGGUGACCACCAGCUGCUACAGGAGAGCUUGGUCUUCGACAACAAGCACACAGUCUACAGCAUGGAGCACAUCCGUGUGGGCUGGGAGCAGCUGCUCACCUCCAUCGCCCGCACCAUCAACGAAGUAGAGAAUCAGGUACUGACCCAAGAUGCCAAGGGCCUAAGCCAGGAGCAGCUCAACGAGUUCCGGGCAUCCUUCAACCACUUUGACCAGAAGCGGAAUGGAAUGAUGGAGCCCGAUGACUUCCGAGCCUGCCUCAUUUCCAUGGGCUAUGACCUGGGAGAGGUGGAGUUUGCCCGCAUAAUGACCAUGGUGGACCCCAAUGCCGCUGGUGUGGUGACCUUCCAGGCCUUCAUUGACUUCAUGACUCGAGAGACAGCUGAGACAGACACAGCUGAGCAAGUCAUGGCCUCUUUCAAGAUCCUGGCAGGAGACAAGAACUACAUCACUCCUGAGGAGCUGAGGCGGGAGCUCCCAGCUGAGCAGGCUGAAUACUGCAUCCGCCGGAUGGUACCAUACAAGGGCUCCGGGGCUCCGGCUGGAGCCCUGGACUAUGUGGCCUUCUCCAGUGCCCUCUAUGGGGAGAGCGACCUCUGACCUCUGACUUCUACCCCUGCAGUUCUGGAUGGAAGAUGGAGGCAGGGUGCUCCCUGUAGCUGAUCCUAUCCAUCUCCCAGAGCAAGGGCCUCAGGGAUUGGCCAACCAAGUGUUCCUGAAUAAAGACCCACCCAUGGCCCUC